AUGGAUGUAGAUAUUGAGAGGUUGGUACGAGAGAGGGUGCUUGCUGAAACAAGCGCUCUGGAAGCAAAGUUUAUGCUGUUCAGCUCGAUCUUCAUCUCGAUCAUCGUAGUUCUCAUCUUUCUGCUCCUGAGACAAGCAGCAGAGAAAAGAUCACAGAACCAGGAGAAAGCGUCAGAGAAGACACCUCUCGAAGAAGAAAUUGAUCCUUCCAACAAUGAGAACCUUCAACAGUUCCGAAAUCUGAAGCAACUGAUUCGAGAUGAGAUGAUGAUGUACGAUGCUUCGAGAUUUGAUGACCAGUUCAAUCAAGAAUCUGAUUCUCCGACCAACAACGCUGAUCCUUCUCUUGUGUGGAGAAGAACGGGGUCUUUUGACAUGUCGAACAACCGAAAACUUCCCAACGACAUCUCACCAUCGUCAUCGAAUGGCACCAGGCUUCCUCGACACGAAAGUGCUAUCAUGCCUACACAGCCGACGGGGCAAGAUUUGGAAGAUUCUGUACAGCCUCCGAACCCGGCUCGUCCCUUUGUUCCUCCCUUGAAACUGUCUCGCAUCGAGAACAAGUAA